UCAAAACCUUUUUAGUCAAGAAAUCUGUUUUAUAAAGUAAUCAUAAAAUCUAAAUUAUAAUUCUAUUUCAUUUCUUUUUUAUUUAAAUUUUUAUUUUAAAUUUAUAAAUCAUUUCAAAUACAGUAAAUAUUUCUAAGGAAAUUUAGAUUGUACUUUUAACAUGUUUUAGAUGAACAUUCCUUUGUAAGAAAACUUUCUAUAAAGCAAAUUUACUCUAAGUCAAUAGAUCAGGAAAUUGUUAAUUUCUCUAAGUCUUCGGCAUGUAGUUUCUUUUGUUACCACAUGUGGUCAUCUAAGGUUGGUUAUAAAACAUUUAUCACUUCCCGGUUAAAAAUUUAUUGUAACAAAGGAUGACGCUAAUACGAUUGCGACAUGAAACUUGUUUUACUCUUUCAUCUAUUUUACUCAAUUUUGCAAUGUUUGUUUGGCAGAUUUAUAGUGUUAAAAUUCAAUCACUGCCAAUAUAGCCGUAAGUUAAAAUUGUCAGGUUUUUUGGUAUCAAAGAAUAUGUCUCUCAGGUAAAAUCGUAAAUUACUCAACCGUAAGGUAAUUGUCCAUGCACUCGAUUCUGCUUUUUGAUUGGUUACCUGUGUGGUCAGUCGGAAUUGAUAAUAGCGCUCGCACCCGUUUUGGUCAUUCUAUUGCGAGUCGCCAAAUACAAGUAUCGACAACUUUUAAUUCCGACUUUGUCAUUUUUAUUACGCACUGCAUCAAGACUUGUGUCCCCUGCACACAACAGCUUAUUCCCCAUCAAGUACAAAACAUCUCGAUUCCCCAGAUCAAACUCAAAGAUACCAUUGGUGGAAAAUCCUUUCGAUCUAUUCGGACCUUUCACGAUGAAACCUAACAAUCAAAACACUGGAGUACAAACCAGGGCCCAGUCAGAGCAGGAAGCCAGUGGAGGACAAGAUGAAGCUCCCCCUAGGACCACUACAUCAAGAUCGUCCACAACGACGACCACUACCAACUCAACAGAGAGGCCGGCUGGCUUCAUCUCACUGCCGCUUCCAACAAUUUCGACAGUGAGAACAACACCAAACAUUACCACGACCAACCCGCCCAGAGUCACCGUGCACCUCACGCCAUAUGACAGGGCAUCGUCAGCAGUUCAGUGGUGGCUGAACUUUAUGUCCUAUGUCAGCGUAUACCAAAUGACAGACAGCCAAGCAUUGAACAUCAUUCCGUUCAACAUCACCGAGCCUGUCAAACACUGGUUUUACCAACUGGCCCAAGCAUCGAAGUCGUCCUUGUCAGCCUUUAAACAUGCUUUCUUUGAUAGGUAUAGAAAAACUGAUGAGGACCUAGACCUAGACGAUAUCAAACAAGGCGCAAAUGAAAAACUUGACUCCUACCUAUUCCGGCUACAAUAAGCUGCGGCAGACCUCACCAUUCCAGAGCCGGAUCUCGUCAAAAAAGCCAUCAAGGGACUAAACCAAUCCAUUCGAGGCCAUGUAUAUAUGCGAAAACCAAAAACAAUGAAGGAACUGAGGACAGAGGC